GUUAUGUUCGACCGAGUGGAUAGUUACUUGGUACAAACACGAACUUUAACUUCGGCAACAUCAAGAAAGAGGAAGAGGAGGAGGUUACAGGAAAGGAUAUCAGAGAAGGACUGCUCCUAUUGGAUAGGAGAUAAUGAUGUAAUGUUAACCCUGUGA